CUUAAUUUUUAUAAAGAAGUUGAUUUCAUGAUUUCAUUCUUGUUCUUGGGUGGAGAACGUUGCAUUUGUUAGUGUGCAAUAUGGAGGGUGACACUCGUUGGGUCAUAAACCUUGGUAACAGCAUAUGUGGCGUCUCUCUCCUCGUUCUACCUUACUGUUUCUCACAAUGUGGAGUGUUGUUGGGUGGCUUGUUGCUGGUGUCUGCCGCUCUGAUGACACUGUGGUCCACACAGCUACUGGUUGACUGUAUAUACGAAAAGAAAUCAAUAUCUUGCGAAGGGAUAGCAUUUGCACUUUACGGGAGAUAUGGCAAGCUUUUAUUGGAAGUUAGCUGUGCUUUGUUCAUGGUCGGAACAUGCUCCGCUUUCUUUGUGAUAAUAGCCGACCUUGCUCCAGUCGUGUUUGCUUGGGUAGCGUCAAUUCCUCCUGAUCUCCCUUACCUUAGGAUUCUUAUUCUCUUCUCUCUCGGAGUCUCCGUUAUUUUUCCACUCUCGCUCUUACGACAGCUAGAUUCUCUGAGUACCCUGAGUACAGCAUCGAUUGGUUUUUAUGCCUGGCUCACAAUCCAGUUGAUAGUCUAUGCCCUACAGAAGGUUGGCACAACAGAAAUUAGUUUAUGGAAGUCGGCAGGGAUACUCCACACUGUCCCUAUUUAUGCCAUGUCUCUCUCCUGCCACCUGUAAGAAUAGCGUCUUUUUGA